AUGCAAGAACCUAAUUCGUCUUAUAUAGAAAGUGUGAGAGCAUAUUUUUAGAAACUAAAACACGUUGAUAAUUUAGGUUACUAAAAAAUUACACGAACAUUUACAAACUCAACAAAAACAAAAUCUUGAUCAUUUAAUGCUUCCAACUAUGACUUCAGUUGUUUCAAAUCAAGAUGUUCAUUCAAUGGUUCAACAACAAAAAGCUGUCGAUGAACAAAAAGCAUUGAAAGAAUCAGGAGUUAAUACACCGUUGUGAGUUAAAUUGAUCAUAUUUCCAUCAUUUCAACAAUACCUUUUUAAAGAAUGCAACCUGAAAAGGAAAAAAACAGUAGUCUAAUGCAAGUCGUUUUGCAAGAGACCAAAGGAUUUUUUGUGACAACCGAACAAAAAAGUCAUUCUCUUCAUUGA